UUACUCGGUAGUUGGCGUUGUAUACUAUUGUGUAUGAUGCCGGUUAACAUUGCUGGAAAUUGUUAAAGAUAAAGUGUUAUUGGUCAAAAUGGGUCCUGUAUUUUCUAUCAUCUACAUUGUACUAUUAUCUGCAUAUGCCAGUGCGAACGCACAGCACCAAACGAAGGAUAACUUAGUACAACAACUCAACGAAGAUAAUUGGGAUCUCAUGCUCACGGGAGAAUGGAUGAUCGAAUUUUAUGCACCAUGGUGUCCUGCGUGCAAAGCUCUUGAACCAAUCUGGGAAGAUAUUGCAUUAUUAAAAAGAAAUCUCAAUAUUAAUAUUGGGAAGAUAGAUAUAACAGAUUCUCCAGGUCUUAGUGGUAGAUUUAUGGUUACAGCUUUACCUACAAUAUUUCAUGUAAAUAAUGGAAUAUUUAGGCAAUAUAGAAGUCCAAGGGAUAAAAUUUCAUUAAUUGAAUUUGUAUCUAAAAAGACGUGGACAAAAGUUGAUCCAAUACCUAGUUGGAAGAGUCCAACAUCAUUUCAUAUGUCAAUUUUGAGUCAAUUCUUUAAAUUGUCUCAAGUAUUACGAGCUAUUCAUAAUAAACUUUUGGAAGAUAUUGGAUUACCUACAUGGGGCAGUUAUUUGAUUUUUGCUAUUGCAACAAUUUUUUUGGGUGCAAUAUUAGGACUACUUAUUGUAUGCUUGAUUGACUUCAUUUAUCCACCAAAACCUGUGCAACAACAAAACAAAAAGAAACAGGAUAAUACAUUGGAUGGUUCCAUGCAGGAGAGAAGUUUGGAUGAGGAUGAAAUUGCUGAAAAUGUCGGAGAUGAUUUAGUAGAUGAAGAAGAAUCUGAAGCAGAAGAUUCUGGAAAAAAAGAAUCUGACAUAAAGGAACUUGAAGUGAGUGAGAAUGAUAAGGAUACUAAAACUGAUACUAGUAGUCCCAAUGUUCGCAAGCGUAAACCACGCAAGGCUGAUUAAAGAUAGUAACUUGUUUAAUGUAAAUAUUUAAUAAUUAUGGAUCAAUUAUGAUUAACUCUUGUGGUAUAUUCCCAAAAUCAUUCCUGCAUUGCGAUAGCGUGAUGUGACAUAAUAUCUUAUAUCUUUAAAUCUAGAUUAGAUAUUAAAAAAAAACAAUCAUGUUUGUUGUUUUUAUAUUUAAAAAUUUAAGUGAAAGAAACUUCCCUAAAUUAUCAUUGUAAAUGUUUUCUUAUUUACAAAUAUAUUUUUGAAAUUAUGAAAAUGAAUACUUCAGUUAUAUUACUUAGUAAAAUUUUAGAAUUUCAUUCUACGCGAAAUAUAUAUUGUAGAGCUUAAAUUUUUUUGAAUGUUUUUAAUCAGCUCAAAAUAAUAACAAAAAAAAUGUAUAAACAUAUUGGACAAAUUUUUUUCUAAAUCAUGACAAAUAAUUUAAUAAAUCAAACGUUUCGACCUUCUUCAGGUCCUCAUCAAUAGAAAAAAAAUAUUAAUGAAUGUAAAAUAAUAUUCAUACAGGACCAAUAUAAGAAAAAUUUAAUAAAUGUUUUGAUUAGCAAGUUAUUUGUUAGAUGAUAAUGCAUUCUUAAGAAUUCUUGAAGUAAAUUCUCGAACUAAAUUCUUUGCUUUCUAAAAUACUUUUUACAUAUGACUUUUAUAAAAUGUUUGAGAUCACAGAAAAGACAAAUUAAAUUAUUUGAUAAUUUCUAUUGUUUUGUUUUUCAUAUGAGAAAAAAAAAGUAAAACAGUAAAGUCUAGUAAACAAGAAAGUGAAAAUAUUGAGUAAUAUUUAUUGUAUAUCUGAUAAUAUGUUUAAACAUAUCUGAUAUCUUUAUUACAGAAAAGCAUAUAAUAGCAUUAAUUAUUUUCUUUAAAGAUACAUUGUGUAAGAUAUAAAUCUAUUUAUUAAUUACAGUUGAUAUAUGAUAUAUAAUUAUGCAAUUAUAAGUUUAUAUAUUUUAUAUUAAGGCUAGAGUUAGCGCUCCAUUUAAUAAUGAUAAAUUCUGAAGAUUAUUUGGAGAUAAAACUCUUUAUAUUAAAAUGUUCAGACUAUAAUAGUUCUGUAUGAAAAGCAAGUUAAAGUUGAUCAAUAAGGUUUCUCAAAAUUUGCUCUUUUAGGCAUGAUACAUUGCACAGUAACACAGGUGCUUUAAAAUAUCAAUUCACUUUUAACUAUUAACAUAUUUUCAAAAUGUUAUUAUAAUUAUUUCUGAACAAUCUUCUUCACAUGAAAUAUAUCAUAGAUGAAUAUGUUUCUCGCAUAAUAAAAAUAUUCUAAUUAAUAUAAUUGAUAAAUUAUUUUUUUUUUUUUAUGAUAAAAUAGGAAAUUUGAAUACAUUGACAAAGUAUGAAUGUUGGUCAAGAAUUUUACACACACUUGUAAUAUUAUUUUAAGUUAUAAUAAAUAAUAAUUAAAAUAGUAAUGUUUAAUACAUUUAUGUUUAUAAUAUUGUAUUUAUAUUUAUAUUCAAUAAACUUAUUUCUAAAAAAAUA